GAUUUCGAAAUAAUAUAUUUUCGGUAUUCGCUUGAUAUUAUUUCUUUAACUUGGAAUUGUCAAAUAAAACGUUUGGACACAAUUUUUGUCGACGUUUAACUUAAAAUGGCUGAAAAAUCUCUUAAAGAAAAAGUUAUAGAGUUUUUAAAUGAAGAAAAUUAUUUUACAAAUAGUUUAGCUUUUUUCGAGAAGAAAACUGGAAUACCAAGAUUGUUUUUAUUUGGAGGCUGUGUAUCUCUACUAUCUUUAUAUUUGGUUAUUGGAUAUGCUUCUGGUUUUAUUGUAGCACUUUUAGGAUUUCUCUACCCUGCAUAUGCAUCAGUCAAAGCUGUAGAGAGUGUUAAUAAAGACGAUGAUACACAAUGGUUGACAUAUUGGGUUGUAUAUGCAGCUUUUAGCAUUGUCGAAUACUUCUCUGAUAUUUUUCUAUCGUGGUUUCCAUUGUAUUUCUUAUUAAAAUGUAUUUUUCUUUGUUGGUGUAUGGCUCCUUUUUCAUGGAAUGGUGCUCAUUUUAUUUAUUCCCGUUUUAUUGCGCCGUUUGUAAUCCAACAUGAGAAAGAGGUUGACACACUUUUAAGGAAAAGCACUGCUGCUGUUAAGGAUUUUUACGGAAAAGCUGAAAAAGAAGUUAAAAAGGCUGCAAUUGACCAUAUAACUUCAGAAUCAUCGAACAAAGAAUUUAAAAAAGACGAUUAACGGAAAGAAGUCGAACAAUUGAUUUUUUAUAUAUUUUUUCACGAAAUAAUUUAUUUCCAUUGCUCACGUUA